CCGCGGCGUACACACGUGCAGCAUGUUCCAAAAUUGAAUUUAACUUUUUAAAUUGCGCGACGUCCUCUUUCAUGAUUUUUUUUACUCACUUAUUUGCCAGUGAAUAUAAAUUGUGCCCGUGUUUCGUGACAAAUAAAGUGAAAUGGAGCCGGAAACGAAUACGGAGACAAAGCGGAGGAUACCUAAACCGUUUUCGAUAGAAUCAUUGAUCGGCAGUGGGCGCCAAUCGCCAGAGAUCGACAUCGAAAAUAAUAUUUCCGAGCAUUCGAGAACGUCGGAGGAGGAGGAGGAUCGGCCCAACGUCGAAAGAAUGCGGUACUAUGCGCCGUUCUUGCAGCAGAAUGUGAAUUUUCCGUUUCUACUCGCAUACCAGGAGCCGUGGCUCAGUAGAGUGUUCGGGUCUGGUCUCCCGCCCCAAAUCGCGGGCAGAGAGGAGGAGAAGAGAGAGAGCCCGGUCAGCGUGGGCAGCGAGGUGGACAGCGACGGAGCUGAGAAUGACAUACAAGGUAACGAAUCCGACGGUGACCAGGAGGACUCGGAGACACCGCGGGAGAGCAAGGCGCGGCGACGGCGGACCGCCUUCACGUCGGAGCAGCUGCUGGAGCUGGAGAGGGAGUUCCACGCCAAGAAGUACCUCAGCCUGACGGAGAGGUCCCAGAUCGCCUCCGCGCUCAAGCUGAGUGAAGUGCAAGUGAAAAUUUGGUUCCAAAAUCGUCGCGCCAAAUGGAAACGAGUGAAAGCCGGUCUGGCGUCCGGCAGUCACGCCGGCAAGAACGGCUCCGGCACCAAAAUAGUCGUCCCCAUACCCGUCCACGUCAACCGCUUCGCAGUGAGAACCCAGCACCAUCAGAUGGAGAAGCAGAACCUGCAGUACCGGCUGGACCGGACCCAGCCCAUACCCGGGAGCCUGCUGCCGUCGCAAACCAGCGCGUUCCUCAGCGCGACUAAACUCAACCCGGAAACCCGACACGACUCGAUAGUUCUGAACUCCCUGAGUCGCAACACUAACUAUGACGCCUCGAGACUAGCCAUUCAGAACCAGGCGGCUAAUUUGAGGCAUUUCACGCAAAAUGGCCGCCAUAGCUAGAUAAUAGAUAUAAGAUGUGUAUAAUAUGUAGGUAAAUUAU